CGCAUAGCAACACAGCAGCCGGGGCGGUGGAGGAGGAGAGGCAGCGGUGCUGAGGCUCAGCAUGCAGCCCUGCCACCGGGGCUCCUGUGCUGAUUCACAGGCAGCCCCGCUGCCCGCUGCCCCCGCCGCUCGGAGCCGGCGCGCUCGCAAGGUGCUCCAUGCCCGUGACCAUCAGCUCUGAUGCAGCCCCUGGUGAUGCAGGAAUGGCUCCAUGUCCUCCCUCCGUGUCCUGAGUGGCCCCUCCCGGCCCAGGCGCAGCGCAGCCCUGCCCGCCCGCUCUCUCAGGUUGAAGCCUCACAGGAUGGUGCAGGACCCUCGUGUGUAACCCCCCGGGCUCCCAGCAGUGCUGCCGGGCCCCAGGCCCCUCUGGAGAUGAAUCUUUGCUGGAACGAGAUCAAAAAAAAAUCCCACAGCCUUCGGGCUCGGCUGGAGGCCUUCUCUGACCACAGUGGGAAGCUGCAGGUGCCUCUGCAGGAGAUCAUUGACUGGCUGGGGCAGAAGGAUGAGGAGCUGUCGGCCCAGCUGCCCCUGCGGGGUGAUGUUCUCCUGGUGCAGCAGGAGAAGGAGACACACGCGGCUUUCAUGGAAGAAGUGAAGUCUCGGGGGCCAUACAUUUACUCUGUCCUGGAGUCAGCACAGGCUUUCCUUUCCCAGCACCCAUUUGAGGAAUUAGAAGAACCAACUUUGGAAAGCAAAGAUGUGUCUCCCCGGCACCGGAUCCAGAACAUCAGCCGCUUUGUAUGGAAGCAGGCCAACGUGGCCAGCGAGCUCUGGGAGAAGCUCACAGCCCGCUGCGUGGACCAGCACCGCCACAUUGAGCGCACCCUGGAGCAGCUGCUGGAGAUCAAAGGGGCCAUGGAAGAGCUCAGCACCACCCUGGACCAGGCUGAGAGCGUGCGGGGGACCUGGGAACCCAUCGGGGACCUCUUCAUCGACUCCUUGCCCGAGCACAUCCAGUCCACCAAGCUGUUCAAAGAGGAGCUCUCCCCCAUGAAGGAUGGGGUGAAGGUGGUCAAUGAUCUUGCACACCAGCUCGCCAUCUCAGAUGUCCACCUGUGCAUGGAGAAUUCCCGCACCCUGGAGCAGAUCAACACCCGCUGGAAACAGCUGCAGGCCUCCAUAAACGAACGCCUGAAGCAGCUCCAAGAUGCCCACCGGGACUUCGGGCCAGGCUCCCAGCACUUCCUCUCCUCCUCUGUCCAGGUCCCCUGGGAGCGAGCCAUUUCCCCCAACAAAGUGCCAUACUACAUCAACCACCAGGCCCAGACGACGUGCUGGGACCACCCAAAGAUGACAGAGUUGUACCAGACGCUGGCGGAUUUGAACAACAUCAAGUUCUCGGCGUACCGGACGGCCAUGAAGCUGCGGCGGGUGCAGAAAGCCCUGAGAUUGGACAUGGUCACCUUGGGCACGGCUUUGGAAAUCUUCAACGAGCACGACCUGCAGCCCAGCGAGCGGGCGAUGGACGUGGUGGAGGUGAUCCACUGCCUGACCGCGCUCUACGAGCGCCUGGAGGAGGAGCGCGGCAUCCUGGUCAACGUGCCCCUCUGCGUGGACAUGAGCCUCAACUGGCUGCUGAACGUCUUUGACAGUGGCCGCAGUGGGAAGAUGAGGGCUCUCUCCUUCAAGACGGGCAUCGCGUGUCUGUGCGGGACAGAGGUCAAGGAGAAGUUCCAGUAUCUCUUCAGCCAAGUGGCCAACGCCGGGGGCCUGUGUGACCAGCGGCACCUGGGAGUCCUGCUCCACGAGGCCAUCCAGGUCCCUCGCCAGCUGGGGGAGGUGGCAGCGUUUGGGGGCAGCAACGUGGAGCCCAGCAUCCGCAGCUGCUUUCGCUUUAGCAAUGGGAAGUCUGCCAUUGAGGUGUCCCAGUUCCUGGAGUGGGCCAACCUGGAGCCACAGUCCAUGGUGUGGCUGGCGGUGCUGCACCGGGUGACCAUGGCCGAGCAGGUGAAGCACCAGACCAAGUGCUCUGUCUGCCGGCAGUGCCCCAUCAAGGGGUUCAGGUAUCGGAGCCUGAAGCAGUUCAAUGUGGAUAUCUGCCAGACCUGCUUCCUCACGGGGCGAGCCAGCAAGGGCAACAAGCUGCACUACCCCAUCAUGGAGUACUACACCCCAACCACAUCCAGUGAGAACAUGAGAGACUUUGCCACGACUCUGAAGAACAAGUUUAGGUCCAAGCAGUACUUCAGCAAGCACCCACAGAGAGGCUACCUGCCCGUGCAGUCUGUGCUCGAGGCUGACUGCUCUGAGACCCCAGCCUCCUCCCCGAUGUUACCACACGCUGACACACACUCCAGGAUCGAGCACUUUGCCAGCAGGCUUGCAGAGAUGGAAAGCCAGAACUGUUCCUUCUUCAGUGAUAGCCUGUCCCCUGAUGACAGCCUGGAUGAGGACCAGUACCUGCUGCGCCAUUCCAGCCCCAUCACGGACAGAGAGCCUGGGGGCAGCCAGCAGGGUCCAGCAGGCCUCAGCAUGGAUGACAAGGGAGAGCUGGAGAGAGUCCUGGCCCACCUGGAGGAUGAAAACAGGAUCCUCCAGGGAGAGCUGAGGCGUUUGAAAUGGCAGCAUGAUGAGGCAGUGGAGUCUCCAACCUUGGCCUCAGGCUCUCCUGAGUCCGUGCAAGACCCACGGAACGAGGAGCUGCUGGCAGAAGCACGGAUCCUCCGGCAGCACAAGAGCCGCCUGGAGACACGGAUGCAGAUCCUGGAGGACCACAACAAGCAGCUGGAGUCCCAGCUGCACAGGCUGAGGGAGCUGCUGCUGCAGCCUCCAGCAGAGUCAGAAGGCAAUGGUUCAGCAGCCUCCUCUUUGGCUUCAUCUCCACAUCAGUCAGAAGGCAGCCAGGCAAAGGAGAAAGAGCACAACACCCCUGACACUGAAACUGCAGAUGAGGUGGAAGCCAAAACCCAGGAGGUCAGCAUGUGCCUGGAAGACAUCAUGGAGAAGCUGCGGAGCGCCUUCCCCAGCUCCCGAGUGCUGCUGGGAUGGGUGCGUGGCCUGGGAAUGGAGGAGGAGGAGGAGGAGGAGGCUUCACACCUGCAAGGAGAGGCCAUGAGAGCUGCCAAGAGCACAGACCAAACAGAUCCUUGUGAUGAGCUGCAGGGCAGCCUCCUGCCCUGCUCAGGACCUGCACCCCACCGUGAGGAUGGCCAGACCUGCCAGCACCACCUGCAGUGACAGCUUUGAGCCCCCUCCUGCCUUCAUCCCUGUCAGACCCCUCUGCAGGAGAGGUCGAGGCCCCAGUAGCCUGGUGAGAUGGAAGCAAUGGUGCAGGCUCUCCUGGCUGCUCGUGGAUGGCUCUUCCCAGCAGGGAUGGAGACUGGGGGAUGUGUGUGUGGAUGGCACUCCACUCACUCAGUGGGUUUUGGUGUUGGUCAUUCUGCUCCUUCUCUCUAUGCUCCAGUGCAGGGGCAGCACUUGGUCUCUUGCUCAGGCUGCCAGAGGGAGCCAUUACUUGGUGCCAGCUCUAACAUGAGGUGGUGGUCUGCCCAUGCAGACUCUUGCCCAUUUUCUGCCAUCCCUGAGCAGGAUCCUCCUGGCUCUUCAACAGCCCCCAUCUAACCAGGGUCCUAUUUUCCUGACCUGUCUAUUUCUCUUUCAGGUAUGACCUCCCUUAUCUAACACCUCCUGUGAGCCAGAGGCUUUUCCUAACCAGCUACCUGGCUGCUUUCCUCCCCUCUCUACCUGCCAUGCUCCCUGUGCUGCAGCAGACCUCACACAGACUCCCUCCGAGCUGGUGGUGCAGGAUGCUUGCCAGCUCCAGAAGAUCUCAGGGGAACAUAGGUCAUGCAGGAGUGGGACUGUGGGCUCCCCAGGAGGCUGGUUUGGUCACUGGCCAUAGUGUCCAAGCCUGGGUGGGGUGGUUCAGAAGAAAGAACUGAAGCCAUGAAAACUGCCAGUCUCCCCUGGCACCCACAGGGGAUGCAGAGCUCAGCAUCCCACUAUUCAUCCCUGACCAGGAGCCUCCAGGUCUGUGGGCACCAAAACACUCCUGGAGCCACACAAUUUUUAAAAUAACUCUUUAUAACAGUGACCAGCUUGCAGCCUUAUGGUUUGAACUCUGCCCCCCAAGGCUCUGCAGCCAGGCAGGCACAUACCACCAGGAGAGAGUCUGUGAGGUUUAUGGAGUAGGGAUUGAGUCCAUGUUAGAGCUUCAGCCCAGCUAGUAGCCUUAUAUUGAGAGGGUCUUUAUAACAGAGCCUUAUUGUUUAAUUUGCAUAUAUUUCUAUAUAUUAUAUAUAUAUACUGUACUUAAAUACUCUCAUGGACUCACUCUAUUAAACUCUGAUACCUUAAGUGUAGCUGCCCUUCACUUUCAGACCAGCUCCAGCUCCCAGGGGAGUCAGCACCUUCCCUGCUGCUGGUGUUGCCUUGCAGGGCUGCAGUGGGGGAGCUCAGUGAGGGCUGCACCCACAGCAGGCACUUCACUCUGCCUGGUGUCCUGGGGAUCUGUGCCUUUGCCAUGGCAGAGUCCUGCACAGACCCAGCUCCAUGCCUGGGAGCUCCUGCAGGGAGGGUUUCUCCAGCCAUACUCCAGCCCUGGGGCCACCUUGGUGUGGGCAGUGGGACAGGCAGGGCACCUUCUGGCUGUCCCCAGGGGCUGGAGGCCCUCGUUGGGGGCAGGUGCCAUGGGGCAGUGCAGGGAGGCUGCUGUGCCAGCUGGCAGGGCAGCUCGGGGGUGCUGGCGCCCAGGGGUCCCUCGGGCUGGCUGGCUUGUGCUGUGUUAUGUCGAGAGAGAGGCAGAGUCAGGUGCUGCAGGGGAGCCCAGAGUGGGGCUGACAUGGCCCCGGUGCUCUGGAGCCACAGGGUGUGGAGAGAUGAGAGGUUUGAGCCCUCGGGGCAGGGCAGGGCUGCUCACUGGGGUGGAACAUCCCAUUUAACAGGGCUUGCAAGGACACAGCCAGGGCUGGUGUUGCUGCCUGGGACAGGACACGGUGCUGAACUGUCCGGGGAGGUUUUGAGCAGGGCUGUGGGCUUGGCUCUGGGCUGCUGGCAGAGGUGAGGAGCAGUGCCCACCCCAGGACAAGGUGUGAGCCUUACAGCCAGGGCUAUGCAGCAUGGAGUGCUCCAGUGUCUGCUGGCAGCAGCGUGGGUGGCUGUCCUUGCUGUCCCCUGAGUGGCAGGAGGGCAGUGUGGUGGCAUUAGGGGGCUUUGGGCACGCUGUGUCAGGCUGUGGGUGAGAGGGACCCCGGGCCAGCCUGUGAGACCCAGCUGGACCCCUCUGUUAUCCCAGGGGCAGGAUGGGAGCAGCGUGGGGAGCAGCAGAGUGAGGCUUGGCCUGAGGGUGUGCUCAGGAGUAUCCAGCCUUGGGGGGCACUGGAAGAGGAAAAAGGGCAGGAUGAGGACAGAGCUGCUGGCCCCAGUGCCAGCUGUGGGGAGCAGAGGUGGCCAGGUUGGUGCUUGGGCUGUGUUUGGGAGCCAGGAUGUGUCAGGGAGGGGAGCAGGCUGGCUAAUGCUCUGGUAACCAUGUACUGUGGUGCUGCUGUCCUCACUGCUUUGUGGCAUCUUUGCUCUGGAAAGAGAAUAAAUUUGUAUUUAUACUGA